GAGAAGUGGUAUGGGACUGGCCCAGAUCCAUCCAAUGGAUGUCCAGAUGGCCGUGUUCCAUCGUGCAGAUCAUUUCCUGAAGCAGCUCAUGGUGACUAAACUCUCCCAGUGUCAGUAUGCUCUGCCUCUGCUUGUGCCCAAUCCCUCUACCCAGGAGAUCGAAUUUCCACUCUGGACAUUUCACCAAAUCAAGAAGAGCUGGAAGGUGACUAAUACCAAAGGUGAAGUCAUCAGCAAAAGUCAGUCAGUCUGUAAAGCGGAAACUCCAAUGGUGGCUUUCUUUAGGUUGGGCUCUGUGUCUUCAUCCAAGUCUCAGCUGAUGAACAGCCUGAUUAAUGAGAAGCACAACACAUUCUUCCACAGGAACUGUCCAGGCAGCAGCAGAACCAGACUACUACUGGAUGGAGUGGUGGAGAUUGCCUGGUACUGCCCCUCUGGGAGAAGAGAUGAUCUAUUUACUGACUGUGUUGCUUUCUGUAAUCUCCAUGGUGAUGCAGGAGCCAAUCAUGUUCAGAGGGACAUCGUGACUGACAUGGCCACAAUAAAUGUUGUUCUUUUACUUAAACUGGAUAUCACGAUGGCAGAGACAUCUUCCAAACCUGUGAUCUAUAUUGUCACUGAAGAUGAGGAUCCCAUUAGUGAGAUUGGGGAGGGUAAAUAUAAACUAGGAUUAAAGAACAGAAAUCAGUCAGAUGUAUCAGCAGAACUAAGAGCAGUAAUCAGACAGAAUCUGUCAACGCACUCUCAGUCUCGCUGCUUCAAACUUGAGAAUAUGACACUUUACCCAGGGAUCAAAGUGGACACUGAGAAUGAGGACUGCAGAAGAGGUCUGAAUGCUGCUGUCAAGAUAAUGCAGCUGCUGGAGGGAACCGACCCAUCAACAAUGAAGGAAGCAUUUCUGCCCUGUCAGGGGAAAAUGUGGCUUGACUGGAGUCAGAAGAAUAAACAAUUACAUCGUCUCAGAGGAGGAAAUAUAGAGACUAAUCAAAGCAAAAAACGGGAGGAAAUGAGAGCAAUCAGACAAAAGCAGAGGGCUAAAGGAUCUAGUGAGCUUACAAAGCUGUUUAUUGGACAGCUAAGGUCACUGCCAGUCACUGAGAAACAGUACUUUCUCAGGUGGGUUAGUAGUAAAUUGGAUGACUUCACUUCAGACAACCUCCAUGCCCUCUAUCAGGAGUAUGACAGGAAAUGGGGCAUGGUCUUGGAUUAUAAAAGGACACAUGUUAAAUCAGAUGAACUGGGGGUUCAACAACAACAACUGGAAGAAGUAUCUGUCAGACUAAAUGCAGCAACCUUUGGCCUUGAGCAUAUUUUCAGAGAAAUUGGUCAGGUUUAUGAAUCAGUUUGUGUGGCAAAGAGAGCAAGAAACAUUGACAAAAAUGUAUCUGACCUUCCUAAAAUGGCAGCAGAGUUGAUGAUCUCUGGUCACCCAAUGGAGCUGAUGGAUGGAGAUGCUGCUCAUGUUCCUCUGAUCUGGGUUAUUGCUGUUCUAGAUGAACUCAUCAAGAUACUUGGAGACAAGAGAGUCUUUGUGCUGUCCGUUUUGGGGAUCCAGAGCUCUGGGAAAUCCACCAUGCUGAACGCCAUGUUUGGACUCCAGUUUGCAGUCAGUGCUGGCAGAUGCACCAGAGGAGCUUUCAUGCAGCUGGUCAGAGUGUCAGAGGAGAUGAAAGCAGAGCUGAAGUUUGACUACAUUCUGGUUGUGGACACUGAGGGACUUAGAGCUCUAGAACUAGCUGGGAAAGCCAUAGUCCACCAUGAUAAUGAGCUUGCUACAUUUGUAGUUGGUCUUGGAAAUAUGACCCUGAUCAACAUCUUUGGAGAGAACCCUGCUGAGAUGCAGGACAUCCUUCAGAUAGUUGUGCAGGCCUUCCUGAGGAUGAAGAAAGUCAGACUGAACCCUAGCUGCAUGUUUGUGCAUCAGAAUGUGACAGAUGUCACAGCUGGAGAGAAAAACAUGGAGGGAAGGAGACGUUUGCAGGAGAAACUGAAUGAGAUGACAAAGUUGGCUGCUGAGCAGGAAGUGUGUGAUGCAGAGUGUUUCAGUGAUGUUAUUGCCUUUGACAUAGAGACUGAUGUGAAAUACUUUGCACAGUUGUGGGAGGGCAGCCCACCCAUGGCCCCACCAAACCCAUCCUACAGUGAGAAUGUUCAAGAGAUGAAGAAAACUAUUCUUUCACAUGCCUCAAAAUCCAGUGGUUCCACACUGAAUGAAUUAAAAACUCGUAUUGAAGACCUCUGGAAUGCUCUGUUGAAUGAGGACUUUGUGUUCAGCUUCAAAAACACUCUGGAGAUUACAGCAUACAGGUCACUAGAGGAGGAGUAUGGGAAAUGGACCUGGAUUCUUAGAAGUGAAAUGCUGACAAUUGAGGACCAGCUGCUUACAACAAUUAACAACUACAGACUGCAUACUGUGGAUAAAGGUCUUCUUGUUGAAAACAUUAGAGAGACCCUUCAAAAUGUACAAAAAGAAAUGAAUCAGUACUUUGACAAUGACAAAUUAAGAGACAUCUUGAUUCAGUGGAAGAUCCACUUUGAAUUAAAAAUUAAGGAAUUGCAUGGAGACCUUGUAGAAAAGGCAAGAACAAAAUUAAGCAAUGUUAUUUCACAAAGGGACGCUUGGAAGAAGUUGGAUGAGAAGAAGGAGGACCAUGAGAAGAAGCUUUUUGAAAAAAGCAAAGAAUUAGCCUUGAGGCUAAAACAGAAGGGAGUCAAUGAGAGGGAUUUGAAGGAGGAAUUUGACUCCAUGUGGAAAGACUGGGUCCAGUUGAGUGGGUCUGAGUUGAAAAGCAAUACCACCCCCAUCAGCGACAUCAACAUAAGAGAAAAUAUGCUCAACAUCCACUAUGAAAUCUUUGAACAUGGCUUGGUGCAAGACUGUGAGAAUGGUAAAAAAUACAAAUCAAUAAAUCGGGUAGGUGAUUACACCGAUUAUGUGACAGUGACCAGAGGUUUUGGUGGUAAAAUCCGAGAUAAAUUCCUUGGAGACAAACAAUUAUCACAGAAAGAUAACAAUUCAAUAAAGGAACUCAUCAAUGAUAUCACCAAGCAGGCUGAUAGGUUGGUGAAAUCAAAACCAGUUAAGGUGACUGGCUACAAUCCAAGUUACAUUCAGGAAAUAGUGCAUCUAGUCACGACACUUGUGAAGGAAUACAAACCAGCUCAAACUCAGUUUGAUUUCAAGAAAGAGUUUAAGGUGGAUCUGUCACUGUAUGUGUGUGAGCGUGCAGUUGAGAAGUUUAUUGAACUUCACAAAACAUUCAGGGAAGCAAAUGAUCCUCACAUACAGUAUACCUAG